AAAGCAAGUACAAGACAAUGAUUAUUCAAAAUAAAAAAGGGAAAGAAUGAGAAAAUGGACGAGCCAAACAACCCCUUAUUAUCCCUGAAUAAAGAUAAAAUUUGCACUACUAGUCUGCUGGUGAGUAGCGAGCUUCAAAAUUUUUUGAGUCCCUGAAAAAUGAGACUUGAAUUUGUCAACAAACAAUCCUUAAUUUCAGUGGCUCUAAGAAAAGACUUCCAUUCUUGCAAAUUCUCAAGCAGCCCCCAGGUUGCUAAGAAAUUAAACUUAGGCGAUGAAGAUUUUGUUUCAAAAUUGCUUGAUAGAAGAUGGGCAUUAGCAAGCCCGGAGACAAAAAUUCACCAAAUAAAGGUGUCCAGACAUCACAAGCAUAAGCAAGCUGGAUACUUCGGAAACUUGUCUUUCAAAAACAACUCGAAUCCUCUGUUGGGUGAUGGCAUGUUGGAAAAUAGCAACGAUCAUGCAUCCUUCUAUGUUGUCCGGGAUGAUUUGCUGCAUCCGCUGGUGAAUGGUAAUAAGGCAAGGAAAUUAGAUGGACUGCUUCCUCUACUCGAAGAUAACUCUAUUACAGAUGUGGUCACAUGUGGAGGGUGUCAAAGUGCACAUGCUGCAGCUGUUGCUGUUUCAUGCGCAGAGAGAGGACUGAACUCACAUUUGCUUCUUCGUGGAGAACCACCAGAAACUGCCACUGGAUAUGGUCUCAUAUCUAUGAUAUAUGGAAAUGCCACUUAUGUUCCUAGAACUCUGUAUGCAAAGAGGGAGACAAUGCUUGCCAAUCAUGCCGAGUUUAUAGCUGGAAGUUCUGGAUCUGUUGUAGCGCUUAGUGAUUUAUUUGAGGCUUCAAUCACGAAUCAUGUAUCAAAGAAACCAAUUUCAGCGCAAAUAGAUGCACCUAGGUUGUCUGACAAUAUUAAAAAAGUUUCUAUCAUCAAUGAAGGUGCAGGUGAUGCUGCGGGGUUACUAGGUACAAUUCGACUGGUGCACUACCUAUCCCGAGAUCAUAUAUUUGGAAAAAAUCAGCCGCUGAAGGUUGUUGUAGAUUCUGGUACUGGGACAACUGCAGUUGGUUUGGGAAUUGCAGCCUUAUGUUUAGGGCUCCCAUGGGAGGUAACUGCAGUGAUGCUGGCUGAUACCUUUGAUGGAUACAGAAAUUUGGAGCAGCGCUUGGUUACUGAAUUCCUACGUUUCUGUGCUUUUUCUCUUUGUGCUGAAGUUGUAGACAGAUUAAACGAUGGACUUGUACAUUGGUUGGAACGUCCUCAUCCACGGAAAUUUGGUAAUGUUUUGAAAGGGGAAGUUGAGAAAUGCCAGCAAAUAGCUCAGCAAACUGGCAUCCUUGUCGAUCCCAUAUAUACAUUAGCUGCUUGGGAGCUAUCUACGACACUUAGUCAAGAGGAAGUAGGUGGUUCAAAAAUAGUAAUGCUUCAUACUGGGGGAACACUUGGCAUGUUUGGAUUAGCACAACGGUACAAGCCUUUCUUCCGAUUAUCUGAAAAGGUUUAAAUGUCCACUUAAGUUUGCUGGAGAUAAUUGUUUUGUGUCCACAUGCUCACACUUAUCUUUGCCUUGGCCUUUUGGUUAUGAAAUGAACAGAAGUUUAUCCCAUGUUAAGUCAGUUAUCUGUGAGUCUGGAUACACGUUUUCUGGAAAUGGUAAUUGCACAUACAAAUGUAGUACCAAGAAAGUAUUUGUAAUGGUUGAUGGGGAUGCAUGGCUACAAGGCAGGCCACUGGCUCGGCUCCUUGGUGAGUUUAGCUUUGUACUGUUAAGGUGUUCGGCAGUUAACAUUAUCUUUUCUGGGCUUUAUUUAUAUAAAGUUGGGUUACUAUAAGUAACAUAGGAUUUAAUUAUCAAAUUAUUUGAUUCAUUACAGUAACAUAGAA